GAAUUUCUGAGCAGCCCUGGUCAGUACAAGAUGGACCCAGUAGUCUUGAGUUACAUGGACAGUCUACUGCGGCAAUCAGAUGUCUCACUAUUGGAUCCUCCAAGCUGGCUCAAUGACCAUAUUAUUGGGUUUGCCUUUGAGUACUUUGCCAACAGUCAGUUUCAUGACUGCUCUGACCAUGUCUGCUUCAUCAGCCCUGAAGUCACCCAGUUCAUCAAGUGCACUGGCAACCCAGCAGAGAUCGCCAUGUUCCUUGAACCCUUGGACCUCCCUCACAAGAGAGUUGUAUUUUUAGCCAUCAAUGAUAAUUCCAACCAGGCAGCUGGGGGAACCCAUUGGAGUUUGUUGGUUUAUCUCCAAGAUAAAAAUAGCUUUUUUCAUUAUGAUUCUCAUAGUAGGAGCAACUCAGUCCAUGCAAAGCAGGUAGCAGAGAAACUAGAGGCUUUCUUAGGCAGAAAAGGAGACAAAUUGGCCUUUGUGGAAGAGAAAGCCCCUGCUCAACAAAACAGCUAUGACUGUGGGAUGUACGUGAUAUGUAACACUGAGGCCUUGUGUCAGAACUACUUCAGGCAACAGCCAGAAUCACUAUUGCAGCUACUCACUCCUACGUACAUCACAAAGAAGAGAGGAGAAUGGAAAGAUCUCAUUGCCACACUUGCUAAAAAUUAG